AGAAGUCGUCCGAAUUGUCAAUGACGUAUUUUGUGUUUGUUAAAAUAUUUGUUGUUUAAAUUUUCUACGGCAUUGCUUUACUGAAAUGGAUGACAAGAAGCGAAAAUUAGGUGAGGGAUAUUUGGAUCAGUUUGUCAGUGAUGCGAAUGAAGUUGUGAGUUUUAAAUUUGUACAUGACAAGCAAGAUUUGGAAGAUGAUUAUGAAUCUUUCAAACCACAAUUUACGCAUCAGUUUUUUGGUGAUUCUGAAAACAUAUUUGGUUAUAUUGGCUUGCAUGUUGAUCUUUAUUAUACUGCGUGUCGUUUAUUUCCGUAUUUUGGAAUGAAGUAUCGUGAAAAGGUUAAAUCUUCUAUCACAGGUGGUAUCGAAGCGGAUGAUGUUUAUAAAAUUAUUUGCGACAAACAAGAAUUUGACAUGUGUACUGAUUUAGAAGAAUUCAGCGCAGCCCUCGAAAAAGAGUCUUCGUUCGUACCUUAUGGCCAAAUGUUGGAAAGCUUUAACAUUAAAAACGAAUUGGAUGAGAACGAAACUUUUGAAAUCUACCGCGCAGAUCUGACAGACUCUGGAUUUCAGGAAUACCACAAGAGAAUGCAGACUCUAAUUCUGUGGCUUAUUGAUGCAGCGUCUUUCAUUGAUCAAGAAGAUGAUCGUUGGGACUGUUUUGUGCUUCACCAGAAAGUAGAGGAUGAUGGUGUCGUGCAUUAUCCAUUUGUGGGGUACAUGACAGUAUAUCGAUACUAUGCUUAUCCGAAGAAAACACGUCCCAGGAUCAGCCAAAUGCUAGUUUUACCUACGUACCAAAAGCGUGGUCUGGGUUCAAAACUUUUAGAAAGUGUCUGUAAUUGGUACAUCCAAGAUCCUGAGGUGUUGGACAUCACUGUAGAGGAUCCAUCUGAAGAGUUUGUUCGGAUCAGAGAUUGCGUUGACUGCAAGAAAUGUCAAGCACUUCCCAGCUUUGCAGAGGAUAUGCUCAAGAAAGGCUUCAGUAAAGAAAUGGCAGAAGAGGCACAGAUGCAUUUAAAAAUCAACAAGAAACAGGCAAGGAGAGUGUAUGAGAUAUUACGUCUGAAAUGUACUGACAUGACUAAUCCCCAGGACUACCGCAUUUAUAGACUGGACGUGAAGAACCGACUAAAUGCCCCUUUCCAGAGAGAGAAAUUAGACAUGGAGAAACUUCAGAAAAAUCUCUCACCUGAAGAACUCAAGGCAGCAUCCAACAUGAUUCCGCGGGAGCAGAGGUUAGAGCAGUUGGAUCAAAUGUACAAAGAUACUGAAGCAAAGUAUAAGCACAUUAUCGAUAAAUUAUGUGAAGGUUGAUUAUUCUGUUAAAAUAUUUUUAAUUUUCAUUCGUUUUUUUACCUUGAGAUUCUAAUUUUGUUUGAGGAAGAUCAUUGUGACUCAUAAGAUAUUUCAAAUUUUAAAAAAUCUAAUGAUAAUAUAUUCUAAUGAAAAAAAUAAUGCUGGAUUUAUUAUGUGUACAUAAUUUAGUAGACAUUGAUUUUAACAUAAUUAGUAGACAUAAAUUUUCCAAUAGCUGUAUAAGUGUCCUUCA